AUGGAGCCAGAGCUGGAGCACUCACUGCGCACGAGCCCGUCCUGGAGCAGCCGUGUGGGUUCUCAGCACCAAGAGAUGAGCUUCCUGGAGCAAGGAGACAGCACCCCGUGGCCGUCCCCCGCCGGGACCACCCGCUCAGAGAGAAGCCGGAGGAGGCGGGGGGCCAGGGCCUCCAGAUGGACCCGGCAGGAGGCUGUGGAGGAAGAGGAUCGCCCGGGCCUGGGGGAAGGUCCCCCGUCCAGGCCAGCUGCUGAGUCCGUUGGGCUGGAGUCCACAUUCCCCACGGCCGCUCCCUGGGACAUCCUCCCCUCCGAGUGCGCCAUCUCAGCCACCGGCUCCGGCCGAGAGUUCCCAGCCACGGCAGCCUGCGGGCCUGAGCCCAGCCUGGCGGGAGAGAGGCCUGCCCCGUGCCCCUCCCCGCAGGCCCCGCUCCCCAGGCAGGGCUUGGAUGACGAGCUGCAGAAGCCCGGAGCCCAGGUCUACAUGCACUUCAUGCAGAAGCACACCUGCUACGAUGCCAUGGCAACCAGCUCCAAGCUGGUCAUCUUCGACACCGCGCUGCAGAUCAAGAAGGCCUUCUUCGCCCUGGUGGCCAACGGCGUCCGGGCCGCCCCCCUGUGGGACAGCAAGCAGCAGAGCUUUGUGGGGAUGCUGACCAUCACAGACUUCAUCCUGGUGCUGCACCGCUACUACAGGUCCCCGCUGGUCCAGAUCUAUGAGAUCGAAGAGCAUAAGAUUGAGACCUGGAGGGAGAUCUACCUUCAAGGCUGCAUCAAGCCUCUGGUCUCCAUCUCUCCCAACGACAGCCUCUUUGAAGCCGUCUACACCCUCAUCAAGAACCGGAUCCACCGCCUGCCCGUCCUGGACCCAGCGUCAGGCGACGUGCUCCACAUCAUCACGCACAAGCGGCUGCUCAAGUUCCUGCACAUCUUCGGCGACCUGCUGCCCCGGCCCUCAUUCCUCCGCCGAACCAUCCAGGACUUGGGCAUCGGCACAUUCCGAGACCUGGCCGUGGUGCUGGAAACGGCGCCCAUCCUGACCGCCCUGGACAUCUUCGUGGACCGGCACGUGUCCGCACUGCCCGUGAUCAAUGAGGAGGGUCAAGUCGUGGGUCUCUACUCCCGCUUCGAUGUGAUCCACCUGGCUGCCCAGCACACCUACAACCACCUGGACAUGAGCGUGGGGGAAGCCCUGAGGCAGAGGACGCUGUGCCUGGAGGGAGUCCUUUCCUGCCAGCCCAAAGAGAACCUGGGGGAAGUCAUCGACCGCAUUGUCCGGGAGCAGGUACACCGGUUGGUGCUAGUGGAUGAGAACCAGCAUCUCCUGGGCGUGGUGUCCCUGUCCGACAUCCUUCAGGCCCUGGUGCUCAGCCCCGCGGGCAUUGAGGCCCUCAGUGCCUGA